GAAGCUGAAUUAUCAGCUGGUGUUUUGGAUGGAAGUUGCUUUUGGCACGAAGGCGUUCUUUCUUUAUCAUAUUAAGCAAAUCUUAAACGGCAAAGACACCGGAAAAUAAAGCUGCAUGUAACAGUGCGCCAUAUCCAGCAAGCGAAACGGCGGAACCCAGAGAAAUCCGCGUUAUUAUAAACAGAUGAUGGUCUUAAGUGCUUAUCUGUUUUCUUACUGUUAAAUCAUCGGAAAGAAAGAAAACAACGUCAGGCGAGGCUCGAGCUAACGUUAGUCACUGAUAGUCUGAUGUGUGUAGCUUAUGUUGAUUCAUCUCGACCUGCGAUCUUUGCUACAAAUAGCUGAAAUGCGUGUAAUGUAACUCGUUGAGCGCAAAUUGUUCUUCGUUCGGUGUAAUAAUUACUAGCGUAUGUGUUUUAUGUGAUUCAGGAGUAAGUCAAAGGUCAGAUCAAAGCUUUUUUCUUGUUUACAGCAGACAUCAGUUUCUUAAAAUAAUGCAUGCGCCUACAUAUUGGUUAUAAGAUAAAUAACGUCUUGAAUUAAUUUGUGCUUAUGGAAGUUGAUAAAAGAGCAGCAACCUGUAACCAGUUAUUAAUUCUUGACAUCAGCUCGUCGUGACUGAAAUACAGUUUGUUUAAUUUAUUAUAUAACUUUGUCAUAUUGACCUUUUUAUCGGUGUCUUUAUAAGUGUGUAUCUGUUAUUCAGUUGAUAGUGUUAUUUAUAAGCAUGGUGACAUCGGAAUACAUUGAUAGCUGCAUUGCAUCACUUGUGUUUUGACAUCUGACGUCAGGGGUGUCGUGUGUCACUCAAACUGUGUUUAAAGUGUGUGGGGGCUUUUUAAACAUACUACUUCGUCAUAUUUUGACUUAUCUGCUGAUUUAACGGCGGAUUAUUCGAGAUAUUUCGAGAGGGAAGACUCAGAUCUGGCACAGUCAGAGGUCCUCGUUGAUAUCCCCAAUUUCUCCCCGCCAAUGCUGGAUCUGGAGGUCGUUCCUGAGCGAUCUUUGGGAAAUGAACAAUGGGAAUUCGCAUUAGGGAUGCCAUUGGCCCAGGCCAUUUCCAUAUUACAGAAACACUGCCGAAUCAUCAAAAAUGUCCAGGUGCUCUACAGCGAACAAAUGCCACUCAGCCACGACCUCAUUCUCAACUUGACUCAGGAUGGAAUUAAACUGCUGUUUGACGCCUGCAAUCAGAGACUGAAGGUGAUCGAAGUGUACGAUUUGAGCAAAGUAAAACUGAAAUACUGUGGAGUGCAUUUUAACUCUCAGUCAAUAGCACCUACUAUUGAGCAGAUUGACCAGUCUUUUGGCGCUACUCAUCCAGGAGUCUACAAUGCUGCCGAGCAGCUCUUCCACCUGAACUUCCGAGGGCUUUCAUUUUCCUUCCAGCUGGACUCCUGGAGUGAAGCUCCUAAAUAUGAGCCUAACUUUGCCCAUGGCUUGGCCUCCCUGCAGAUUCCCCAUGGGGCCACUGUGAAGCGGAUGUACAUUUACUCUGGAAACAACCUUCAAGAAACCAAGGCUCCGGUGAUGCCUCUGGCCUGUUACCUUGGUAAUGUGUAUGCAGAGAGUGUGGAGGUGUUGAGAGACGGGGCGGGACCGCUGGGUCUCAAACUUCGUCUACUCACCGCAGGAUGUGGCCCAGGAGUGUUGGCUGAUUCUAAAGUGCGGGCUGUUGAGAGAAACAUCUACUUUGGAGAUUCUUGUCAGGAUGUUUUGAGUGCUCUUGGCUCCCCACAUAAGGUCUUCUACAAGUCAGAGGAUAAGAUGAAGAUCCAUUCACCCUCCCCUCACAAGCAAGUCCCGUCCAAAUGUAAUGACUACUUCUUUAACUAUUAUAUACUGGGAGUGGAUAUACUGUUUGACUCUACAACCCACCUGGUCAAAAAAUUUGUCCUUCACACCAAUUACCCUGGUCACUACAACUUCAACAUCUAUCAUCGGUGCGAUUUCAAGAUUCCUCUUAUUAUUAAAAAAGAGAGGGCAGAUGCUCAGAGUGAGGACUGCAUUCUGACCACUUACAGCAAAUGGGAUCAGAUUCAGGAGAUGCUAGGACAUGCCAUGGAAAAACCAGUUGUGCUACACAGGUCUUCGUCUGCAAACAACACCAACCCUUUCGGUUCCACAUUUUGCUUUGGACUACAGCGGAUGAUAUUUGAGGUCAUGCAGAAUAACCACAUAGCUUCCGUGACUCUCUACGGAGCACCUUGUCCAAGUAGCCUGGCCCGUGCCGAGCCUAGUGCCCACUGAGGAAGUCGCCGUGCCCACAGUGCCCGUCCAGCCCUGCAGAGCCUCUGAACUGACCAGCAGAGUGUGCCUUCACUCACUGCUGCCAUCACACAAGCUAAAGCAAGACAUGCUGGGAGUUUCUUUUCAUCCUAAUAGAGGCCCCAAUUCGGUCUCCUCAUCCAAUAAUAGCAUGGAGGCUGCCCUCAGCCAGCUAAUUAUCCCAGAUAACCAUGCAGACCUGGCUCCGCCCCCAAAGCUUUAACCCAGAUCUGCAUCAGCGUCAGCAUCGUUAUAGUACUUGUGGAUGCACAGUGAUAAAUUUCCACUCAGGCAUAUUUAUGCAUUCUAUUUUAACAAAAA